AUGGCUGCAAUGAUUACAAAGAAGGUGUAUUUACUCAAAUUAAUAUUAGAAACAGUGAAUGGGAUGACUCUCAGGGGGCCUCCUCUUUGUUCAGAUAUUGGUGGCACUUCAAGCCUUGUUUCAUUCACCGCAAUAGCCACAGUAGAAUACAGCCCAAUGGAUCUGGACCUCAAAGAGAAUAUGCAGGAUGCUCCAUGGUUUCUGACAAACCAAGAAGUUUAUGCUCCAGGACCAAACAAUAGAAUCUUGAUUUACAUUUUUCAAGAUGCCAAUGGGUUUUUGAUCAAAUUGAAAGGUGGCAUGAGAAGAGUUGGAAAGCUUUUCCAAAAUUUAAGGUUCUGA